AGUUGAUCCGGAUCUCUAUCAACAAUGUGAAGCUAAGGUAGUCGAGUUAGAAUAUCUAGCAAAAUACCUUAGAGAAAAAUUAUCUAUUAAUAAUUUAAGACAUGUAAGAAAUGCCAUUAAUAAUAUGGACCGAGUGUUUACUAUGAUAAAUGACAUAAAAUCAUCACAAUGCAAUUCAAGAUGUAGUAAUAUAUGGAAUGCGAAGCCAUGGACCAUGUUUUUGUAA